UAAGAACUGCUUGAGAUCCGCCAGCCCUCUUAUCUCUGAUCCGAGGAAAGGCGCAGAAAGAGAAGACAGAAGAAAAAAUCCCGUGUGGUAAGGUGGGUUUUUCUGGAAAGUGUGGGCUGAUCCCAACUCGUGCCCUCAACCAAACACGAACCAAGACUUGCACGCGGUGUGACCUGAGAAGGCGGUUUGAAUGGUCGUCAGUGAACAGCGACAACCACAAAGAGUCAGCUGGAUUCGAAGCCCCCAGGCCCAAAGGCCCAGAAAAGUCAGCGGCGCUCCGUCGAGGGCGCAGGGCCGAUAUUUUCAGCCAUUGUGGCCAGCAUUGAUUGAUUGAGUCAUCCCACGCUCGACAUUUUUGCCUUCGAGAAAUUUUGGGACUCGGAGCGUGGACGGUCCUUUUAUUUCGUCCCACGCCCACGCCGCCACACUCUUCUCCCAUCUUGCAUAACAUUUCACACCCUCUCAUUGCAAGGCCACACCAGCAAGACGCUCGUGGGCAGCGUGGGCAUCGUGGGCAGUCAUGUGUGGUAUCUUUGCCUGCCACGGUCAUCCGUCGAUAGCAACCUUCAAGACCACUGCCCUGCAGUGUGUCAAAUGCCUGCGGCACCGCGGUCCUGACUGGUCCGGAAACUGGACGGGAAACAACACCAUCCUCUGCCAUGAACGCCUCAGUAUAGUCGGAGUGGACAGCGGGGCGCAGCCUCUGGUCAACGAUGAAGGCACCAUUGCGCUGGCCGUCAACGGCGAAAUCUACAACCACCGCAUCCUGCGCAAGCACUUGACCGUCCCGUAUAGCUUCAAGACCAACAGCGACUGCGAGGUCAUCAUCCCGCUCUACCAGCAAUAUGACACGGACGCCCCCAAGCAGCUGGACGGCAUGUUUUCCUUCGUCCUCUAUGACAAGGACCAAGACCGGACAAUUGCUGCGCGGGAUCCCAUCGGCAUCACGUCCUUCUACCUGGGCCGUUCCAGUCAAACACCUGGUGCUGUCUUCUUUGCCUCCGAACUCAAAGCCCUAGCCUCUGUAUGCGACAACAUCAUUUCAUUCCCCCCGGGCCAUAUUUAUGAUUCCAAGACCGAUAAACUCACCCGAUAUUUCGAGCCAACGUGGUGGGAUCCGAGCAGAGUCCCGUCCACGCCCGUGGAUUACAAGUUGAUCAGGAAGACGCUGGAAAAGUCCGUGCUCAAGCGGCUCAUGGCCGAAGUGCCAUACGGCGUUCUGCUGUCGGGUGGUCUUGACUCGAGUUUGGUGGCGUCGAUUGCGCAGAGAGAGUCCCUCCGUCAACAAGCCCUCGCAAAGCGUCAGACCAACGGCGUUGUCAACGGAGAUGUCAAUGGUGAAGUCAACGGGUACAGAACCCCCAAGACCGGCACCAGGUUAGUGGGUAUCGACGAUGACGACGAGUUGUCGACAGUCACAUUCCUACCUCAACUACACUCUUUCUCCAUCGGUCUUCCUGAUGCCCCUGACACGAAAGCGGCCAUUGAAGUGGCCAAGUUCCUGGGCACCAAACACCAUGAUUUCACAUUCACAAUCCAAGAAGGACUGGACGCCCUGUCAGAUGUCAUUUACCACCUCGAGACUUAUGAUGUCACCACAGUCCGCGCAUCCACGCCCAUGUACUUGCUGUCCCGGAAAAUCAAAGCCCUGGGAGUCAAGAUGGUCUUGAGCGGUGAAGGAAGCGAUGAGAUCUUUGGGGGAUAUCUGUACUUCCACGCCGCUCCGAGCAAGGAAGAGUUCCACAAGGAGACUGUCCGCAGAAUCAAGAACCUGCAUUUGGCCGACUGUCUCCGUGCGAACAAAUCCACUUCGGCGUGGGGCGUCGAAGCUCGCGUGCCCUUCCUGGAUAAGCAGUUCCUGGAGGUUGCCAUGAACAUCGACCCCGCGGAGAAGAUGAUCACCGAGGACAGAAUAGAGAAAUAUAUUCUGCGCAAAGCCUUCGACACCACCGACGAGCCAGAUGUCGAGCCCUACUUACCCGAGCACAUCCUGUGGCGACAGAAGGAGCAAUUCAGCGAUGGCGUGGGCUAUGGCUGGAUUGAUGCUUUGAAGGACACCGCCGAGCUCAAUGUGACGGAUGAGAUGAUGGCCAACCCCAAGCCGGAAUGGGGCGAUGAUGUUCCGACCAGCAAGGAGGCCUACUGGUAUCGUCUGAUGUUCGAUGAGCACUUCCCGCCGUACUGCGCGUCGACCGUGAUGCGAUGGACGCCAACCUGGUCGAAGCAAACCGAUCCCAGCGGACGAGCAAUUGCAACCCAUCUUGCGCGAUAUGAUGACGAAGCUGGCUCGUGAUAAGUGCUGGCGAAUGUACAGGGAGCGAAAGAUAUCAGCAUUGGCUGGCGUUUAGCAAGGAGAGGACAUUGUGAAAGCUGCCUCUUGAGGUUGAUUUUGAUUCAUGUGGGGGUUUUAGCAGCAGGAGGACUGUAAGUGCUGUCUCACGUCUGGCCCAGCCAUGAACAGCAACAUCUUUGAGCUGGAUCUAGCUGUGGGAAAAAGCAAACAUUUGGUGCUUGAGCUAUAGCCUGUCCAGCAUGCCAUGGUUCCGCUGGCAAUAAUACUCGGUAGAUAGUGCAAAUCCCAACAAAUCCCCCCCA